UCACAAAACAAAAUAAAACUAGGGUCAGUUUUGUAAAAAAGGGGGUGCCCAUACUAAUUUGGGAGGUGCCUCAACUAAUGCCCUAACUCCAAGCUGCAGCGAGCACACAAUCUGCAGCGUACACUGUCUUUGAAGUAAUCGCCGCUACUACUAUUCCUAACUCCAAUCUGCAGCGGCGGGGCAGCCAUGCCUAAGCACUACAGGCCUGCGGUGAGCUAACGAGUCUUCUCCUGCUUUCUUUUUGAUUCGUCAGUAUCCAACGGUUGCUUAUAUUUUCGUGUUUCAGGGCAAGAAAAAGGAAGGGAAUGCAGCCAGAUUCAUUACAAGAUCAAAAUCUAUCAAGGAACUCCAAGUCAGUAUAUCACUUUUCAGGAAGCUAUGCAUCCUCAAAGGUAUAUUUCCACGAGAACCAAAGAAGAAAGUGAAGGGAAACCAUCAAACAUAUUAUCACACGAAAGAUAUUAUGUUCCUUAAACGAGAACCACUACUUGAGAAGUUCAGAGAGAUGCGUGCUUAUGAGAAGAAGGUUAACAAGGCAUUGGCCAAGAAGAACAAGGAUCUUGCUGACCGCCUGUUGGCUUCAAAACCUACCUAUACUUUAGAUAUGCUUAUCCGAGAGAGGUAUCCAAAAUUCAUUGAUGCAUUAAGAGAUUUGGAUGAUUGUCUGAGCAUGGUGCACCUGUUUGCUGCAUUGCCUGCAGUACGAAGAGAAAAUAUUCCAGUAAAACGUAUCCAUAACUGUCGAAGGCUGAGUCACGAGUGGCAAGCAUAUGUUUCUCGCACCCAUAAACUACGAAAAGCAUUUAUAUCUGUUAAAGGAAUAUAUUAUCAGGCUGAGAUCGAAGGGCAAAAAAUCACAUGGCUAACUCCCCAUGCCCUACAGCAAGUACUACCUGAUGAUGUUGAUUAUAAGAUAUUGCUGACUUUUUUGGAAUUUUAUGAGACGCUCCUUGCUUUUGUCAACUUCAAGCUUUAUCAUUCAUUAAAUGUUAAAUAUCCACCUAUCCUUGACUCUCGCCUCGAAGAGUUAGCAGAUGAUCUGUAUGCACUGUCGAGGCUAUUUGAUGCAAGAAACAGAGCUUCUGGUGUGGAGUCUGGUGUGGAGUCUGAAGCCAUUGAUCUAUCUGAGUCUGUGAAGACUGAUGAUCAGGAUGCACAGAGAGAGCUUGAGGAGUCGGAUCUGAGACUUGCACAGCUUCAACACCAACUUCCUUCAAAUGAGCCAGGUGCUUUGAUGCACCUACUUAACGAGGAAGCUGGCGAAGAUGAUGAUGAUGCUGAAACAAAGGAAUGCAAGUCCCUCUUGGAAGGAUUGACAUUCUUCCUAAGUCGUGAGGUUCCCAGGGAGUCUCUUCUUUUUGUUAUCCCUGCUUUUGGUGGUAUUGUCUCGUGGGAAGGAGAAGGAGCCCCAUUUAAUGAAUCUGAUCAGAGUAUUACUCAUCAGAUCGUUGAUAGGCCAACACAGGGUCGCAGAUUUCUUUCUCGGGAAUAUGUUCAACCACAGUGGGUUUAUGAUUGCAUAAACAAUCGCAUCAAAUUGCCUACUGAGCCUUACUUUGUUGGGAGGGUCCCCCCUCCACACUUGUCUCCUUUUGUUGACAAUGAAACAGAAGGUUAUAUGCCUGAAUAUGCUGAGACCAUCAAGCGAAUUUGCACUGCUGCAACAAAAGAAGUCCUCCCAAUGCCUGGUCUUGGUGCAGAAGAUUUGGAUGAUCCUCAGAAUAGACUGAUGGAGGGUAUUAGUGACCGUGCAAAAGCUAUUGAAGCUGAUCAGAAAAAGCAAAUUAUGUCUGCUCUAGAGAAGCAGUAUCAUGAAGAAUUAAAAAAGGAGCUUCAAGGCGUUCAAUACUCAGCACUUUCCAAAGAGAGUGAGAAUAAUCUUUCAGAGGACAACAAUGCUAGUCCUGAAUUUGUUCCUGAUACACAACAAAUUGUCAAUGAUGAUGAGACAAUGUCCAAAAUUGGCAUGUCCCGCAAAAUGAGGAAAAUCAAAGAGGCAAUGGAGAUUGGAAUAAAACGUAAGAAGGAUAAAGUCGCUCGCUUGGAGGAAAGGAGGAGAGAGAUUAAGAAGUCCAAGAAAUCUGAAACCAGUUGAAUUUAUUUACUACCUCUGGGAAUUUUUCAUUGCACUUUUUUUUCAAAGUUUAUGCACUGUUUUGCGCAAACAGAUGAGAAGUUUUGUCCCCCACAUUCCGGUGGGCUUUUUAUUGUGUUUAAUCCAACCAUCUUUUAUGCUCCAGUUUUGUAUAUCAAAUACUAGCAUCGAAUUUCAUUAUAUUACAUGUUUUGCGCUUUAAAAUUUCUUAAAAAAACAGUUUAAGAUUACUUUAAGCGUGAUUUUC